AUGUGGGGGGCGUUGGCUCUACAGCCGCUGGGGACCCCCCUCACCCCAGUUGGCUCUGGUCGAGCUGAGGGGAAGCCUGAGUGGUGGGUGACUUUCAGGGGCCCCGGGCCUUCGGCAGCCUGUCCGGCCCUGGUCUCGGUCCCUUGGAGGAAUAGGUCCAGCAGGAGUGUUGCUACCCGGCUCGCUGGCCUGACUGCAGCACUGAGGACAGGGCCCAGGCCCUUCCCCAACAGAGUCGCUGCCCUGCUGGGAAGGGGCCGUGGGUGCUGGACCUGGGCUGAGGCAGACCAGAAAGGGAAGUGGACAGCCUCGGCGGCCCAGAGGCAGCCCAGGCGUCUUCCCUGGCCUGACUGGGACUCACCUCAUCUGAAAGGAGACGCCCCCUUCCCCCCGCCACCUCCCACCUCAGGACAGGUGUACCUGGGCCCAUGCCUCCCGAGAGCAGGCAGCCUCCUGGGCCCCUUCCUGCUCACCGUCGCCGGGUCAGGGGAGGCUGUCCUCCGUAAGGGCCGUGGGGGUGACUGUGGAUAG